AUGCAGCGGAUCCCAGGGGAUCAAUCGAAGCGGUGCGCGAGUCCACGUGAGGAGACCAUCAUGGUGAUUUUGCACGACUACAUGGAUGAGUGGGGUGGUGAAAGCGUGACCGACACAGGUGGUGUCACCGAUGCGCUGUACAACCCGACCGUGGGGGAGUUCUAUACCGUCUCCAAGCAGACGGUCAAGACCUGGAACGCCAACACAGGAGUGCUCUUCAAGGUCUUGAGAGACAUCACACAGGAUGAGAUCACGGCGGCCUGCGUGUCGGACAACGGCCGGAAGAUCUACCUGGGCGAUUCCAAAGGAAGGGUCCAGUCUUUUGGGCUGCAGAACGGUGCGCCCUUGAGCGUCUUCGACCAGCACCCCACGGACAUCUCUUGCCUCACCAUCUGGAAGGGGACGAACAAAGUCUUCUCCUCCUCCUGGGAUGGGACGGUGAAGAUCCACACCGAUGAAGGCUCUCGCUCUCCACAGCUGAAGGCGGAGUUCAAGAACCACCGGGAUGGUGUGACGUGCCUUCGGUGUUCGCCCGAGCUGUUGCUCUUCGCCAGCGGCGGCACGGACAUGCAGGUGGUGCUUUAUGACUUGAAAACCAUGAAGUACGAGAACGCCCUGGCGCGCUUUCAGCACGUCAUCGCCGCGGUGGAUUUCUUGCCCAAGCGCUGCUUGCUGAUUGUGGCAGACCAGGGUGGACAUCUCUCCUUCUGGCGGAUGCGGCCGCACCCAGAACAGUGGACUUGCAUCUUCCACUUCAGGAACCUGCCGAUCAUCAACGGUGUCCUGCCCAGCGUGACCGAGAUGCCGCCGGCGGCGCCUGCGGUGCCCGUCUGCGCUUUGCGCGUCUCUGAAGAGCAGCUCUCACUCCCGUCUGAGGAGGGCGGAGAGGAGGAGAUCAUCGAGCCUCCCUUGAUCUACACAGCAGAUUCUAAAGGCGUCCUGCGUGUGUGGACGGUCUCUGCCAUGCCACUGGGCCGACGCAGCGACAGUACUUGCAUGAGAGCCACGGCCGAGGGUCCUGAGGUGGUGGAACUUGACAUUCAGUUCGCAGGCUGCUCCUCUGCCUUCCGCUGCUACUACAUCCGGGACCUCCUCUACUACACGAUCGCGGCCUACGUCCGUCUUCACUGGAGAGACUCGAUCCAGCGUGGAGGCUUCUUUCGAUCCUUGUCCGGCCAAUUGGAUUGGCGCUGCAGGAUCAAGGCUCACUGGAUCUCGAACCUCACCUACUGA